ACCUCCCCCAUCCGCGUUCGAGGCUCUUCGGCUCCACCCUCAGGCUAAGCCUCCUCCCUUUCUCCACCGCACAAAACCUAACCCUAACCCUAACCCUAGCUCCAGGGUUUUGUGCCUUCUCCCGCCCCUAUUAGGGUUUUGCCCCCGAAUCUGUUUCCCAUCCUUCUCCUCUCUUCUUCGGACAGAGGCUCCGCGAUUCGGGGAUCUCUAGUCUCCGCCAUGGACGGGGGUCGCAAGAGGGGGAGGCCGGGGGCGGCGAACGGAGGGGGCGUCGGAGCGAAGCGCUCGAGAGAAAUGGACUCUGGUCUAGGAAGCAAGUUGAAGCCUUGCACCAAGUUUUUCAGCACUGCUGGUUGCCAAUUUGGUGAGGGCUGCCAUUUUCUGCAUUACGUCCCCGGCGGAUACCAGGCCGUGGCACAGAUGACUAACCUGGGCAACCUAGCCCACGCUCCUCCGGCGCGAGCGCCAGUCGCCGCUCCCCCCGCCUCCAACAGCUCUUCCGCCCCGGCCGUCAAGACCCGCCUUUGCAACAAGUUCAACACUGCCGAGGGCUGCAAAUUCGGGGACAAGUGCCACUUUGCCCAUGGGGAAAGAGAGCUCGGCAAGCCCAUCUCUCAAGAUGGUGGCCCCACCAUGGCGCCACCCCCCAUUGCCGGAGGAAGGCCGGUUCCCGGCCGCUAUGAGCCGCCAAUGCCAUUAGCCGGUUCAGGGGCUCCAGGCAGCUUUGGCGCGUCGGCCACUGCCAAGAUCAGCGUCGAUGCCUCCCUCGCCGGUGCCAUUAUUGGGAAGGGAGGGGUCAACACAAAGCAGAUAUGUCGCGUCACAGGAGCGAAAUUAGCCAUAAGAGAUCACGAGUCCGAUCCAAACCUGAGGAACAUCGAGCUUGAGGGUACCUUCGAUCAGAUCAAGCACGCCAGCGCCAUGGUGAGGGAGCUCAUCGUCAGUGUAAGCGCGUCCACUCCGAUGCCCACAAAGCCACUGGCGGCAGCAGCUGCUGCUGCAGGCGGUCAUGGCGGGCCUGGUAACAACUACAAAACAAAGCUGUGCGAGAAAUUUGCAAAGGGUACCUGCACAUUCGGCGACCGGUGCCACUUUGCUCACGGGUCGGGCGAGCUGCGAAAAACUGCUGUUUGAGUUUUGCUACUUUUUGUGCCGCUGUCUCCGACGAGCUUCCCCGGUUCUCCAUUUCCUUUCUCGUUGGAUUUCAGCAGGGGCUUGAUAUUCACCCGGAUUUUUAGUUACUGUAUUUCUGAUUUGCUAGGAAUGAUUCCAGGUUUUCCACCAUUUGCGUUUUUUCUUCUUUCUGUAGCAUCUUUGUGUUAUCUCACGCUUUUGAAGCCAAUAUUCGUGGCCGUAGGAUAUUUUUCGCCGUGUAUCGUUGUUAUUUAUUGCUAGCCUACUCACUGUUUCAUAUGGUCUUGUUGAACCUUUUGUAUCUUUUCCGAGCUUUAAAUCACCCGCAUCUUGGGACAGCAAAAUGUGCACUAAAUGGUUGAUUUAAUGUGGCUUUUUCUGUAUCUGUAGAA